AUGACGAGCAUCGGGAGGCUCUUGGCCGUUCUGCUGGUGAGCUCGAUCGUUUCGUCCUCGAGCUGCGACUCGUACCAUUACCACGAGAUCGGCGAGUCGACGGCAAAUAUCAUCGCCGAGGUCUCGACCCGUUUAUUUUACCCGGCCGCGUCGAUCAGCGCGUUGUUGUGCGCUAAAACGGACGAGGUCGUGGCGCUGUCGAGGACCCUCUCGAAAAGAGGCACGGCCGUCCAUUACCUGGACCCGGGGCACUUGGACGAGACCGUGAGACGCUUCGUGCCCCACAAAACGAUCGUCCUUCUCGACUACGACUGCCCUUGGUCCCUGCAGGUUUUGACAAAGGCAAACGACUCGGGAUUGUUCUCCGCGCCCCUCAAGUGGCUCAUCCUCCGAGACUCUCGCAACGUGACCACCACCACCACCACCCCGAUAGACACCUUCGGCCGCUUUGCCGUGUACCCGGACAGCGAGGUGAUCCUCUUGGACAUACCUUCGGACGAUCGUGCCGAAAUAGCUUCCGUCUACCGGCCGAGUUUGGUCCACGGGGUGAUGGUCGAGCAGCGGGGCUCGUGGAGCAACGGGGGUGGGAUCGACUUGCGGGACACUGGAUCUCAGGAUGAGCGAUUGGCCAUUUUAACACCAACAAAACUGAUUGUCUACACGGUUACGUUGAAGAAAGGCACAACGGAACAUGGCGACAGGUGCCAACUGCAGGUGGCCUACGAGCACCAGCUGAAGAGGUUCCCGUACUCGCUGACCGUGGGUCCGUUCGGUGGUGCCAGGGGCCGGGACUUUUUGUGCGUGCAGUGCCUCGACGGUACGCUCAUGUUCUACGAGCAGGAGAUUUUCGCGUUCAGUCGCUCGCUGAAGGGGCGCCUACUGCCCGAGCCUCUGAUCUACGUGGCGCGGAGCGACGUCUUUGUCACCCUCAACUCUGGAUGGGUGCUCGAGUGCUACAGAGCGGCCUUCAUCUUCCGGCAGCCACCACUGUCCUUCGUGAGCAACCUGUUCACCCUCCCUUUCCGCCGGUCCGUCUGGCUGGCAGUGGGUCUCCUGCUGCUCGUUAUUUUCGCCCUGCUCGUCGUAUCGACGCGCUGGGAGUGGACCGUCCGCGAGAUCGACUGUCCACCGCCCACAUUGAGCGACGAUUUGCUCCUCGUUAUCGGCGCCGUGGCCCAGCAAGGCUCGGGGCGCAAUCCGCUGACGGUGUCGUCGAGGAUCGUCGUGCUUAUGCUACUCAUGGCCAUUUUGAAUCUUUACGCGUCCUACUCGGCCAACAUAGUGGCGCUGUUGCAAUCCACGACCACGUCGAUCGGCACGUUGAAGGACCUCCUCGACAGCCCGAUCAAGUGCGGCGCCCAAGAUAUCGUCUACAAUCGGCAUUACUUUGACAUGGAAAUAGAUCCGAUCAGAAGGGCCAUCAUCGAGCAAAAGAUCGAGCCGAAAACCGGCAAGUCGAGCAAUUGGCUGUCGGCGGACGAGGGGAUAAGACACGUGCGCGAGGGCUUCUUCGCGUUUUUCAUGGAAAUCGGCCCUGCCUACAAGAUCAUCCAGGAAACCUUCGAGGAGGACGAAAAGUGCGGCUUCCGGGAGAUGUACUUCAUCGAGCACUUUGAUCCCACUUUCACCAUCGUCAAACAAUCGCCCUACGUCGAAAUCAUAAGGGUCAAUUCGUUAAAGAUCGAGGAGUCCGGAUUGAAAUCGAGGGAGAUGCUUAGACUGUACACAAAGAGGCCUCCGUGCAACGGGCGCAGCAAAUUCGUCAGCGUCGGUCUUCGCGAGUGCUACUUUGCCUUUUGCGCGAUGCUCGUUGGCUCCUCUAUUGCACUCGGGAUAUUAUUCCUCGAAGUUUUGUGGAUCAAAUGGAUCCCGCCAAAGAAUAAAAGAGCCAUUGGCCAGGAUUUAUCUUAG